GCGGAAUCUGUGCGCUUUUCACCAUAGCGCUUAGCUAAUGGAGGCUGAUGCGCAAGGCACUCGCACAGAUGUGCCCCGCGGUGUUCUCCGUGUGUCGGUGCCGAGCAUUUUGUGGCGCAUCUGCGGCUACCUGCCGACGAGGAAGCGGCUGACGCUGAGGACACUUUGCGGGACACUGAAGCACGCCGUCUGUGCCCUGGUGUGCAUCAUUGCCAACUCGCUGCUUCCGCAAGGGUGAGCAGAGCUCAUGCAUCACGAGUGCAUGUGAGUAUUCUCAGCCUUGAACAUCUUUCUUUCUCUGCAGGCAGUCGUCGUCGAGUCAUCAGGAGAAGCCCGGUGCGCAGCAGGCGAUAGUCGUGCUGCCGGCCAAAGUGGCUGCUGUGAGAGAUGAGGUGUACGAGACCAACAUGGGCCGGCUGUUGCGGCACCGGGAGACCCUCAAGGAGAUCCGCAUCACACAGCUGCGGCCCGCGGACGGCGAGAAGGCCGAGCAGCAAGGAACUGACGCCGAUAUGACGCAGAUCGAGGGCGACCCGACUGUCUUCCCGUCCGUGACGUCCCUCGAGGUUGACAGCGUGGAGGCGCUGGUGAUGCUGCACCGCCACAAGUGCGUCUUCCCCGCCCUCCGCCGCAUCUCGGGCCGGCUCAUUCCCCUCGAGUCGUGCAACAUCGGGAUGGACAGCGCAGAUCACGCGCCUCUGGAAGCGAUCAACGUGGCCGCCCUUGACACCGCCCUGUCGCGCAUCCUUGGCUCGUCUCCCCGUGUCGAGCACCUGGACAUUUUCCCGAUUGCCCUGGUGCGGAAGGACAAGAACCACAGCCUCGUGGAGGGACCAGGGGCACGGCUGGUCAUGGAAGAGACGGUCACGGCCGUGCGGUCGCUCAGGCGGCUGUGCUUCCUCGGACAUUUGCUCCUAGACAGGGGAGCAUGUGCGGACAACCCGAACCAGCCGACGAACCUGCCGAUGGAGACCGCCCGCUCCCUGGUCCAGCACCUCUCGUCGCCGUCACCCGGCACGGGCAUACAGGGCCAUUCCCCCGCCGCUGCCAAGAAACAGCUGCACAUCUGCUGCCCGAUUGAGAUCCACCCAGGCCUGCCCCACUGGCUGCCUGACAGCUACGCCACACCCGCCUCCACAGCCAGAUUCACGCCCAUCCACCUGAUCCGCCUUGCCGAGGAGCGGGGGUGCGAGGUGAUACGGGACGGCGGCACCACGCACCUCCGAUCGGUGCUUUACGCUUCCGACGGCCGCGGCCCGCUCCUGGGCGUCCUUCAGCGGCCCAGCUGGCAGCAGUGGAGAGCAUCAAGCGCCACGCCAAGGGAGGGACCGAGGUGA